AUGACCCAACGGGAAAAAUUCGAGUUUAUUAACUCAGAAGUGCGUUCGUUUUAUGAAUAUUGUAAAGAGGCGGGGAUGACUGACGAGGAAAUGGAAAUUAUUUGCCGUCCAUUAACAACGGCUGUAAGAAAAGCAUCCAUUAAAAGAUUGACUCGCGCAUUUCUAUUUCUCGUAAUGGUAAUAGCAAUUGGAUACACUGUGAGCCAAACGGAAACAUUCCAGUGGCACGCGGCAGCGAUUGCCCGAAUGACACUGAUAAGGCUGUUACCAAUUUGGGAUUGGACUCCGUUAUACUAUAAUAAAUGCUUAAUAGAGAGAUCGCAGCCGCAUAAUGUGGAGAACGAUUUUGUUUCCCCUGCGGAUUGCAUUUCAUGUGAAUCUAUCAAGACAAUCGCCCGCUUAGCAGAUACAAACUACAACGACGUGUUCAACCAUCACUUGCUACGAGGGGCCCCAGUGAUCGUAGAAGACGCAUUCUACGAUUGGUCUAUUACUCGUUCGGAGCUUAACCUCACUAGCUUUAUCGGUGACGACGAUCGCCUACGAGACUCGGUACCCUGUAGGAUCCUCACUAACAUCAGACUUGGUCGACAGCCAAUGGACCUAGAGGAAAUCGUUUCGCGAAUAACCAAUACAAAGAUACCCAGCUGGUUCGUUCACUUCCAGAACUGCGAUAUACGUGCUGUGAAGUCGUUUAGAAUUCUCGCGCCUAGACCGUAUUUCCUGUCGCCACAUAUCCCCCCAUCUCACUUCAACUGGCUCCUACUAUCUAAAAACUACGACACGUACAGACAUAAGUACCUUGAAUUGGACGUAGGGUUGAUUAUCAUGUCUCAGCUAAAGGGAAAGAAUUUUGUGCAACUUAAACCCCGAACGCCUUGCCAAGACGUCUGUUACACAUUGAGUUUUGAAUUGAUCGAAGGUGAAACCCUGGUGUUGGCCAACUCGCUGUGGGAGUUUGCGUAUGUUCCUGGAAAGGGGGAGAAUGUUGCGAUGAUUACUGAGACCGACUGGUUGGAGUCAUAA